AUGGCGACUGGACCCGGGAGUAUUCAGGGAGAUCGUGAACAGGUUUGGUUCCCCAACCUUAGACCUUUUUGCUUCCCCAACCAACUCCCAACUCCUGAGAUUCUUUUCCAGGUUCCCAUUUCCGACAACAGAAGGGACAGAUGCCCUCUGCAGCCCCUGGCCCAGGGAACUGCUUUAUGCCUUUCCUCCCUUGCCACUCCUUCCUGCUACGAUCCGCAAGACCUUACACGAACAGGCGGAGAUCCUCCUGAUUGCACCGCAUUGGCCGAGACGUCCAUGGUUUGCCGACCUGAUGGAGUCUCCCCUCCGUGGAGGAUCCCAGCAGGUCGUAUUUCCCUCACUCAGGGGGAAACUCCAGCACCUGGACCUGCAGUGGCUCCAGGUAACCGUUUGGCACUUGAGAGGCAGGCCUUGAGCCGAGACUCAUAUUCGUCGAGGGUGAUAACCAUGAUUCAACAAUCCAGGCGCCCCUCGACGAAUAGGAUAUAUGAUGCCACAUGGAGAAGUUUCUGCACUUGGUAUUCGGGUCAUAAGUUGGAACUCUCAGGUAUCUCUGUUCCGAUUAUAUUGGAAUUUCUGAUGGAUGGGUUGGAUAAGGGAUUAUCCCCGAACACCAUCUGUAGACAGGUCACAGUUCUUGCCACGAUACUCACAUGUGACAAUGCCACUCCCUUGACACACCACCCUAUGGUUCAUUCCUUUUUAAAGGGAGCGACCAAUGCCAAGCCACCGACGGUGCAUCGUUACCCUUCAUGGGACCUACACCAGGUCUUACAGGCCCUCGUUUCACCACCACUUGAACCUAUUGCCACAUGUUUGCUUAAACUAUUAUAUAUGAAGGUGGCAUUCCUUGUGGUGGUUAUGUCAGCCAGGCGAAUUUUGGAACUGGCCGCUCUUUCCAUCAGGGAGGACAUGUGCACUUUCCAUACAGACAGGGUAACCCUCAGAUUUGACCCUUCCUUUAUUCCCAAGUUUCAUUCUUUCUUGCAAAGCAUUGUAUACAACAACAGUAUGGGAGACUCUAUUGCAUUUGAUGAAAACAGAGAAUUGAUUACGAGUUUUGAUGUUGCAAACUGGAUUACUUUCCACAAUAAUUCCAUUUCUCGAGUCAAAGUUGGAACACUGGAACCUCAGGCUCCAUCAGGCAGAGAAUUAACUCUUAAUGACAAUCAAAUUGUAUGGCACAGAAGCUUUAACCAGGGGCUUCCUAUUUCUGUGUGCAAUGACCACUGCUACCCAGGCUCCAGCAGAAAGAAGAAGGAAGGAGAGAAAUUUUGUUGUUAUGAUUGUGUGUCAUGUUCAGAAGGGCAGAUCUCUGAUGAAAUAGAUAUGGAUGUCUGCAUGAAAUGUCCAGAAAAUGAAUAUCCUAACAAUAUCCAAAAUCAAUGUAUCCCCAAAAUGUUUACGUAUCUCUCUUAUAAAGAACCUUUAGGAAUCCUCUUUAUUACAAUCGCUAUUGUUUUCUCUUUGAUUUCAGUCUUUGUGCUUGGAAUCUUUUGGAUGCAUCGAGAGACUCCAAUUGUUAAAGCCAAUAACUGGAGCCUCACUUGUAUCCUCCUCCUCUCCCUUCUCCUCUGCUUCCUCUGCUCCUUCCUCUUCAUGGGAAGACCUGAAAAGAUAACCUGUCUUCUCCGGCAAAUGACUUUUGGCAUUAUCUUCUCAGUGGCCCUUUCGUCUGUAUUGGCAAAAACCAUGACUGUGAUUCUGGCAUUUAUGGCAACCAAACCAAGCUCCAGAAUGAGGAAAUGGAUAGGGAAAGGACUUGCCAAUUCUAUUGUUCUUUCAGGUUCUUUCAUUCAGGUGGGAAUUUGCACUCUUUGGCUGAGUAUCUCUCCCCCUUUCCCAGAUACAGACCUGUACUCACUGAAGGGAGAAAUCAUAAUGGAAUGCAAUGAGGGCUCAGUGAUCAUGUUUUACUGUGUCCUGGGUUACAUGGGCUUCCUGGCUAGUGUCAGCUUUAACAUUGCUUUCCAAGCCAGGAAGCUGCCCAGCAGUUUCAAUGAGGCCAAGUUCAUCACUUUCAGCAUGUUGGUCUUUUGCAGCAUUUGGUUGUCAUUUGUUCCAACCUACCUGAGCACUAAGGGGAAAUACAUGGUAGCUGUGGAGAUCUUUUCUAUCUUAUCCUCCAGUGCUGGUUUACUGGGUUGUAUAUUUGCCCCCAAAUGCUACAUCAUUCUUUUGAGACCUGAGAUGAAUUCUUUGAAGUGUCAGAAGUUGGCUACUGAAUAG